GCCUGUGCGCGAGACAUUGAAGGAGAGGUAAAAAAAAAUACCGGCGGGGUGACAGAAAAAUUGGUGCUUCGGUUAUUUACGGGGGGCAGCGAGAAAGAUUGGCGGCUGUUCUGAGCCGAGUUUAGGGAGGUGGUGGUGUUGCUGACCCCCAUAGUUCUCUCUCAAACCAACACCAGAGAGAGAGAGAGGCAGCCAGUUGUUUUUGAGGUGCAUGAUGAUUGUUCAUAAAGUGUUUGGGAACAUGAGGCCAUUGGUUUGUGUUUUUUGGAUGUUCCUCUUAGCACUACUGUCUUCGCAUACUGAGUCUGUGGCUGUUAUGUCUGUAGAUUUGGGCAGUGAAUGGGUAAAAGUGGCCAUUGUGAAACCAGGAGUCCCUAUGGAAAUUGUUUUAAACAAGGAAUCUCGGAGAAAAACCCCAGUUGCUAUUGCUUUAAAGGAGAAUGAACGUCUCUUUGGAGAUAAUGCUCUUGGCAUGGCUGUCAAGAACCCUAAGGUUACAUUUCGAUAUUUCCAAGAUCUACUUGGGAAGCGGGUUGACAACCCACAAGUAAAGGCAUUCGAGGCCAGGUUUCCUGAAUAUCAGUUGGUAAAGGAUGAGCGUCGGGAAACAGUCCUCUUCAAACUUUCCGAAGAUUUAAUCUAUUCACCAGAGGAACUCUUGGGAAUGAUAUUAAAUUACUCUAGGUCUUUGGCUGAGGAUUUUGCUGAGCAGUCUGUAAAGGAUGUAGUGAUCACGGUGCCUGCCUUCUUUAACCAGGCAGAGCGCAGAGCAGUCCUGCAGGCAGCCCAACUCUCCGGCCUCAAGGUUCUUCAGCUUAUUAACGAUAACACAGCAGUAGCCUUAAAUUAUGGUGUGUUCCGCAGGAAAGAUAUCAAUGCCACAGCACAGAAUAUAAUGUUUUAUGACAUGGGCGCCAGGAGUACAGUCUGCACCAUUGUGACAUAUCAAACUGUAAAGACUAAAGACUCUGGAACGCAACCCCAGCUGCAAAUUCGAGGAGUAUGGUUUGAUCGCACGCUUGGUGGGCUAGAAAUAGAUUUAAGGCUCCGGGAUCACUUGGCCAAACUCUUCAAUGAGCAGAAGAAAUCCAAGAAGGACGUUCGAGAAAACCAAAGAGCCAUGAACAAGUUGCUUAAGGAGGCCAAUCGUGUGAAGACCAUCCUUAGUGCAAACAAUGACCAUAUGGCGCAGAUUGAAGGUCUUAUGGAUGAUAUUGACUUCAAAGCAAAGGUGACUCGUCAGGAAUUGGAGGACCUAUGUGCUGAUCUCUUUAAUAGAGUUUCUGCUCCUGUCCAGCAGGCCCUGGCCAGUGCGGAGAUGAAAAUGGAAGAAAUUGACCAAGUAAUCUUAGUAGGAGGGUCUACCCGUGUACCCAAAGUACAGGAGUUACUGCUCAAAGUUGUUGGGAAAGAAGAACUAGGCAAAAACAUAAAUGCAGAUGAGGCAGCAGCUAUGGGCGCUGUUUAUCAGGCAGCUGCACUCAGUAAAGCCUUCAAAGUAAAGCCAUUCAUAGUUCGAGAUGCAGCCAUCUUCCCAAUACAGGUGGAAUUCACGCGUGAGGUGGAAGAGGAGAAUCACAUCAAAAGUCUAAAACAUAAUAAGCGAAUUCUUUUUCAUCGGCUGGCCCCAUACCCCCAACGUAAAGUUAUCACCUUUAAUAGAUAUACAGAUGACUUUGCUUUCAGUAUCAAUUAUGGAGAUCUAAGCUACCUAGGACCUGAGGAUUUAAAGGUUUUUGGAUCUUUAAAUCUUACAACUGUAAAAUUAAAUGGAGUUGGAGAGAGUUUCCAAAAAAGAUCAGACUAUGAGUCCAAAGGCAUCAAGGCUCACUUUAACAUGGAUGAAAGUGGACUUCUUACUCUUGACAGGGUUGAAGCAGUGUUUGAGACUGUUGUUGAUGAGAAGCCAGAGCAGGAAUCUACCUUAACAAAACUUGGAAAUACCAUAUCCAGCCUGUUUGGAGGUGGAAGUUCUGUCUCUGAAACUAAAGAGAAUGCUACAGACUCUGUCCAAGAAGAAGAUGAGGUGCCAACUGAACCUACAAAAGAGGAGGAACCGGAGACUGCAGAUUCAACUGAUAAACAGCAGGAUAAAGAAAAAGAUACCACAGAAACUAAUGAUAAAGAAGAAGGGAAAAAGGAGGAAGAAAAGGCUGAACCCCAGGAAGGAAAAGAAAAACAGGAGGAUGGCAAGGAAGAAGCCUCUGCAAAGGCCCCAGAGGAAGAUGCCAAGAAACCUACAGCCCCUAAGAAGCAAAAGUUGGUGGAUGAUAUUGGUGUAGAACAGACACUAAAUGAUAUUCCAGAUUUCAUUGAAGAGGAGCUAAAAAAAGCUGCCAAAAGACUUCAGGAACUAACGGAAAGAGACUUUAAUAAGCAAGAGCGAGAGAAGGCUGCAAACAGCUUAGAAGCAUUUAUUUUUGAGACCCAGGAUAAACUCGACCAAAAGGAGUUUAAAAAGGUUUCCACGACUGAGCAAAGAGAGGAGAUCUCUACUAAACUAAACCAGGCUUCCACCUGGCUUGAGGAAGAGGGAUAUGCAGCAACCACAAAGGAACUAAAAGACAAGCUGUCUGAACUCAAAAAGUUAUGCAAGGCCUUAUUCUUCAAGGUGGAAGAGAGGAGAAAGUGGCCUGACCGGCUAGCAGCCCUUGACAGUUUACUGAACCACUCUAGCAUCUUCCUAAAGAGUGCAAGAAUGAUCCCAGAAGAUGAUCAGAUUUUCACAGACGUAGAGUUGGGGGUUUUAGAGAAGCUCAUCACUGACACCUGGACUUGGAAGAAUGAAACUUUGGCUGAACAGGCUAAGCUGUCGCUUACUGAGAAGCCAGUACUUUUGUCUAAGGAUAUUGAGAUAAAGAUUGGAGCACUUGAUCGGGAGGUGCAGUACUUGCUCAACAAGGCAAAAUUUUCCAAACCCAAGCCUAAAAAAAAGAACAACACCACAAAACCUGAGAACACAGAAAAGAACGCUACAGAAACUGAGGAAAAGAUUAUACCUCCCAAAGAAGAGAGUACACAAGAAAAUGCCAGUAAUCCAGAGCCUGUAAAAGAGCCACCAGUAGCAGAAGAGAAGACAGAAAUUCCAGAAUUAGAAGGGUCAGAAGCAGAUGCCACAUCACAAAAGCCUUCAGAAAAGCCAGAUGAGACCCACAAGACUGAAUUAUAAUUACAUCUCUCCUUCCUCUGCCUGUGUUGGCACACACAUAUUUAUUAACAUUACUUUUUUGUAAUGGACCUUAAUGUUUUCUGCCAACAGAACUGUGUUUUCUUUGUUUUCCUUUGUUGUUGUUGUUUUUUUUUUUUUUUGGAAAACCGUACUGAAGAUGUAAAUUUCUGUCCUGUGGAAGAGCACAGAAGAGCAAAUGUUCUUUGUGUACCUGCUGGUGUUUUAUUUAACUUUUCCAUCAACUGUCAAAUAUUCUCAUUAGGCUACUAAAGUAGUGCCCAAAGCAAGACUAUCUCUUAAAUCCAAAUUCAACCAGUCUCUCCUACAAUACUGGGUUAUCUUUGCAGUAGCCAUCCAGGAGAAACAGGAAGUUAUACAAAAAGAAGUGGCACGUAUGGCUUGACGUUCUACAAUUUCUAAUUGUUUGAAACCUGACAAAAUAAAUGCUUAUUUAGACCUA